AUGGGUGAGAGGGCUCUGGAAGGGGCGGCUGCUGCUACAAAUCAAUAUAUAAGGAGCAGUAUUAAUCUUUCUGAUGCCCCAUUAGAAUUAGAAUUGAAAACUCGGUCUUCCUUCAAGGAUCACUCAGUCUCACCAUCUUCGAUUGAAAACAAGGCCGUCGAUUUGAUGGAUUUCUCAGAGGAAACGUGGUUAUCUGAAAUGGGAAUCGAAGAUCCAGCCUUCUUCCAGCAAUGGCCGUCCAACUGUUUGGCUGAUGCAGAACCUGAGUUGACCUACUUUUCUUCUGAAACCUACUCAAGUUCGCCGUCUUUCUAUGCCGGAAUAACACAAAUACAGACUUCACAAACUGGGGACAAAAAGCCAGCCAAGCAGGUCAAGACCAGCCACUGGAACACUACGUUCAGAAACGAAAAUUUUGAUUUUCCAAAACCCUCGUCUUCCUCCUCGUCCACACUUAUUUCUUUUGGGAACGCAUGCACUACUGCACUGGACUGUUCAGAUUACCAACUGUAUGGAAAUCUGAGUUGCAUCGUGGAGGAUAAAUUAAAGGAGGUGUUGUCUCCAAGAAAAAUAAAUUUCUCGUGUGAUCAAAACCCAGGCGAUGCAUUAGAAUUUGAUGGGGAGAUGGAGAAGGUUUCCACCAUGCCAAGGACAAGUCUACAGGCGGCUAAAGAUCAUGUCAUCUCAGAGAGGAAGCGACGAGCGAGUUUGAAUCAGCGGUUCAUAGCUCUAUCAGCAAUGCUUCCCGGCCUGCAGAAGUUGGACAAGGCCUCCAUUAUAGGAGGUGCCAUUAAGUACAUAAAACAACUUGAAGGGCAUGCAAAUAAGCUGGAGGAAGAGGUUGGGGAAAAGCCUGAAGAAGCCAUUCUUAGUGUGAAGAGAUUUUGGCUGUCUGGAGAGGAUGAUGCCUCACCCUUAGACGACAACUUUGAAUAUUGCAGCUCCAACCAUCUAUUUCCUGUGAUGGAAGUAAGAGUUUGCGACAGUAAUGUGCUGCUUCGGAUCCACUGCGAUAAACACAACGGUUGUAUAGCAAAAGUAUACACUGAAAUGCAGAAGCUUCGACUGAUCAUCCUAAAUAGCAGUGUCAUGCCAUUUGGCCAGUCCAAUCUGGCCAUAACCAUCACUGCUCAGAGGGAAGUGCAGUCCAUGACAGCCAAAGACAUAGCAAGAAGCCUGAGAUCAGCACUUUCAGAAAUAACUACUUCUUGUGCCUUUGAAGAAUAUCGUCUUCCUAAUUCUUUCGCUUCAGUUCCAUAUCAACGCGUUCUUCACCUGCAGAAAGCUAAGCACUGAGUGAACGUUUUCGGAACCUUCCACAUUAACACAGCCUCGUUUACUGCGAACCUUCCAUUAUUAUUUUUUUUUUUCCAGUUUUUACAAUGUUUGUUUACGUGGUUGACCAUGUUCAAUUACCCAUGUGCUAAUAGUAAAACCUAGUACCAAGGCAUAUAUAGGCAGCUGCCUUUCUUAAUUUCCUUUUCUUUUUUUCUUUUCGCUUUCUCGCAUCAACUUGUAUUGUUGCAUGUACUAGUACAACGUGAAACUGUUUUUAAGGGGUUCCUAAACAUGAGCUACUUCUGGAAUACU